UUGAUUAAAUCUCCAAAUUUCAUUAUAGUCCCAACAAAGUUUCCAUUUAUCAUCAUCUCUUUCCCUCCCUCUCCCUCUCUUCUCCUCUCGUCUUCAUCCAACAGUUUUGACAACUACACGGCCAAUGUUUUUGUCGACGGACGUCCAAUUAGUCUCGGUCUAUGGGAUACGGCCGGGCAAGACGACUACGAUCGGCUCCGCCCACUUUCAUACCCCGACACGGACGUCUUCCUCAUCUGUUUCUCGCUCGUGAGUCCCAACUCGUUUCACAACGUCGCCGACAAGUGGUACCCGGAGAUCAGUCACCACGCGCCCGGCGUGCCCAAGAUCCUCGUCGGGACCAAAGUCGAUCUUCGGGAUAAUCCCUCGGAGGUUGAGAGACUACGAGAGAGAAGACAGUCCCCCGUGACAGAGGCGCAGGGAGACGCGAUGAAAAAGAAGAUCAGUGCAGUCUGCUACAAGGAAUGCUCAGCGCUCACCCAGCAGGGACUGAAGGACAUUUUUGACGAGGCGAUAAAGGUUGUACUUUUCCCCGAUACCACAAAGAAGAAGCAGAGCAAGUGUACUUUACUCUGA